CACUUCCCCGCUCUUACCCUUUACAUUUUGAAGCAUAUAGGGUGCCAGGGUUUUAGGCAAUCAGAGAGCAAGUUAGUGAGUGCCCUGUGUUUACCAGAGAGAGCGAAAGAGGAAGAGGGCGAAGAUGGUGGCCGACAAGACCAAAAAGUUGAAAGUUGCCGAGAAGGGCGAGAACUUAGAGGAAAUCGAUGGAGAGCUUGUGCUCUCUAUUGAGAAGCUGCAGGAGACCCAAGACGAGCUCGAAAAGAUCAAUGAGGAGGCAAGUGAUAAAGUUCUCGAAAUAGAGCAGAAGUACAAUGAGAUAAGGAAGCCUGUCUAUGAGAAGCGGAAUGAGAUUAUCAAAACUAUUCCUGACUUCUGGACAACAGCUUUUCUGAGUCAUCCUGCUCUUGGUGAGGUUCUUAAUGAAGAAGAUCAAAAGAUAUUUAAGUAUUUGAGUUCUUUGGAGGUUGAAGAUUUUAAAGACGUCAAAUCAGGAUAUUCAAUUACCUUUAAUUUCAAUCCCAAUCCAUAUUUUGAGGAUACUAAACUUACCAAGACUUACACCUUCCUUGAAGAAGGAACCACAAAGGUCACUGCGACGCCUAUAAAAUGGAAAGAGGGAAAGGGUAUACCCAAUGGAGUCCAUGAGAAGAAAGGGAACAAGCGACCCCCAACUGACGACAGUUUCUUUAGCUGGUUCAGUGACGUUGAGCAGAAAGAUGAUAUGGAUGACAUUCACGAUGAGCAGAUUGCAGAACUAAUCAAGGACGAUUUGUGGCCAAAUCCACUAACAUAUUUUAAUAAUGAGGAGCCUGAUGAAGAGGAUAUUGAUGAGGAAGAUGGUGAUGAUGAGGGAAAGGAUGAAGAUGACUCUGAAGAUGAUGACGAAGACCAAGAGGAUGAUGAUGAUGAUGAGGGUGACGAAGAUGAUGGCAAGUGAGAGAACAUAUCAUGGUGGGGUGUCCUUUUAAGUUUAUUGUGGUUAUAGGAUUAUGUGAAGUGGGCUUUAGGGGAUGCUAAUUAGGCCACCCUCUUUAACUAAUGUCAGCAGGUGUGCUGAGGGCACUCGCUUGCUAUGAUCAUAUUCUAUUUAUUUUAUUAUCCAUUGAGCUUCUGCCCUGCUGGUUUCAUCCCCUGAUGGACUUUUCUGGUUUUUAAUGUUACAUUAGCUUUUUUACACCUCUAAAUGGAGUUAACUAUAAUCAUUACCAUGUCAGUUAGUGUAUAGCUGUUUGAUUUUUUUU